UGUGUGUGUGUGUGUGUGUGUUUAAAGAGUAAUACAAUUGAAAUGCCUCAACCUAUAAACUUUUUAUUGGGGGAAGAAGCGAAAAGUAUUGUUUUUAGUGGAAAUACUUCAACAUUCACUUAGGGCUCAUAAAGCGCAAGAAUUCAAAUUUUUCCAAGUACCUAUCUGACUUUCAUUGAUUCCUCAGUUUCCUGCGAAGUUCCUUGUUUUGUCCCUUGCCCUGUUCCGUAAUAAGUAGUUGCUGAAGGCGGGACUUUUGUUUUCCUCACCCAUCCUUCCAAGGAAUCCAGUCUUCCUAUUGGCCGAGCAGUACGAGCGCGAUUUACUACACGCCCGCCCGCCGAAUUCUAAGGCGAUUCGGUCGAUCCCGUGGCUGUCAUGUUUUCUGAGAAAGCGACCGAGCUGGUCCGAGAGCUGUACCGCGCGAGCGAUGGGCAGCUUCCUGCCUUCAACAAAUGAAGCCAAGUCAGGUCACAGUGAGUUGAUUACAACAAUCAAAUUUCGCCAUUGCUCUCUGCUGAGAAACCGAAGAUGUAUUGUUGCAUACUUGUAUGACCGCUUACUUCGCCUCCGGGCCCUUAGGUGGGAAUAUGGUAGUGUCUUGCCAAAUGCUGUCCGAUUUCACAUGUCAGCAGAUGAAGUGCUUUGGUUUAACCAAUAUAAAAAGUCGUUGGCUACCUAUAUGAGAUCAUUAGGAGGAGGAGAUGGCCUUGAUCUUACACAAGACAUGAAACCUCCCAAAAACUUGUACAUCGAAGUUCGGUGUUUGAAAGAUUAUGGAGAAUUUGAAAUUGAUGAUGACACAACAAUUCUGCUGAAGAAGAAUAGCCAGCAUUUCUUACCACGCUGGAAAUGUGAACAAUUAAUCAGGCAAGGAGUUCUGGAGCACAUCCUAUCAUGAGCUGGGUUUACAAGACUGCUAAAAUGCACAUAAAUUAAAUAGUUUUGCAGAUUUCAAAAUAGGGUCAAAUAGCAUUUUUUCUCCUUUGAUAAUCUUUUUUGAAAAGCACAAAAUAAGUUUAAAGUUAUUAUUACAAGCAGACAAAUAAUAUUUUGUGAAGAGGAAAGAUGUGAUAUGUACAAGACCUUUCUCCAAAAAUAAGUAGUUUGUUUUUAUUCAUUGCCUCAAUUGUUACCUUUUUAUUUGAUUAUCUUUUUGGAUUAGAGUUACUUUGUUUUGGUCCUCUCUGGCCUUUUUAUAUAAAAAAAAAAUUAAUUGACCAAAUGCUGUAACUCUUUCACUAAUAAUUACUAUAUAUUGCUUUGUGCUAUUUGAAAUCAUGUAGUAAUCCUUUGUAAAUAUUUAAAUAUUUUUAUAUGAUGUUAUGUGAUUUCUAUAGUAAAUGUGAGUGUUAUGACUACAGUCACCUUUGUGAUGUUUUUAGUUACCAUGCUAGCCUUAAAAGUACCCAUGGAGUUUUGGCAGAAUUCACCCAAACUCAACGUUGUAUAAUAAAAAUUUCCUAAUAAGUUUUUAACUGAU